CUGCAUUACUUCUCUUUAACCCUUGAUUAGGGUGCCAUCCUCCGGUGCGUGAAUCUUCCCUUUCAGCUGUAGAGAGGAGGUUUUCAAGACCAUUACCAUUAUUUACCAGCUUUCAUUUUAAUUCGAGAGGACAGAGCAAAUCCUGCCAUAUAGGGUUUUGAUUGUCCGGUUUUCGGCCGACUAGUUUACUAUUAUUUUUCAGAAAGAAGGAUGGUUUCGGAAGCGAGCAAAAAGAAGGCUGCCCAAAAGAAGGCUGCCGCAGCUGCGAAGCGGGGAGGGAAGUCCUCGUCGUCCUCAUCCAAGGCUGCGGCUGCAACUGCAACUUCGCAUAACGGGACUGUGGAAAGUGUUACUGAUGGGGUGGGAUCUCUCGUCAUAUCGGAUCGUACGUGCACCGGCGUCUUAUGCUCGCAUCCGCUCUCCAGGGAUAUCCGAAUUGAGUCUUUGGCACUGACAUUUCAUGGUCAUGAUCUUAUAAUUGAUUCUGAACUAGAGCUUAACUAUGGCAGGCGAUAUGGUUUGCUUGGCUUGAAUGGAUGUGGGAAGUCUACACUGCUUACAGCAAUAGGGCUUAGAGAGCUCCCAAUUCCUGAGCAUCUGGAUAUUUAUCACCUCACUAGGGAGAUUGAAGCUUCAGAUAUGUCUGCACUUGAAGCUGUUAUCAGCUGUGAUGAGGAAAAGAUUAAAUUGGAGAAGGAGGCUGAAAGAUUAGCAGCUGAGGAUGGUGGUGGUGGAGAGGCUCUCGACCGAAUUUAUGAACGACUGGAGGCAAUGGAUGCAUCAACUGCUGAAAAACGUGCGGCUGAAAUUCUAUUUGGGUUGGGUUUCAAUAAGCAGAUGCAAGCAAAGAAGACAAAGGACUUCUCUGGUGGCUGGCGUAUGAGGAUUGCAUUAGCUCGAGCCUUAUUUAUGAACCCAACUAUUCUCCUACUUGAUGAACCUACAAAUCAUCUCGAUCUGGAGGCGUGCGUCUGGUUGGAGGAGACACUAAAAAACUUUGAGCGCAUCCUAGUUGUGGUGUCACACUCUCAGGAUUUUCUCAAUGGAGUUUGUACCAAUAUCAUCCACAUGCAGAGCAAGAAACUGAAGAUGUACACCGGCAACUACGACCAGUACAUUCAAACCCGUUCCGAGCUUGAGGAGAAUCAGAUGAAACAAUACAGGUGGGAACAAGAUCAGAUAUCUGCGAUGAAGGAGUACAUCGCACGCUUCGGACAUGGUUCUGCCAAGCUUGCCCGUCAAGCCCAAAGCAAGGAGAAAACAUUGGCGAAGAUGGAGCGCGGGGGACUGACAGAGAAAGUUGUGAAGGACAGGGUCCUCAUAUUUCACUUCACUGAUGUAGGGAAGCUUCCACCGCCCGUCCUUCAGUUUGUGGAGGUCUCAUUUGGGUACACUCCUGACAAUCUCAUAUACAAAAACAUAGAUUUCGGUGUCGAUCUCGACUCCAGGAUCGCGCUGGUGGGACCAAAUGGUGCCGGUAAGAGCACGCUGCUUAAACUGAUGACGGGCGAUCUGAUUCCGCUGGAUGGAAUGGUUCGCCGUCACAACCAUCUGAGGAUCGCCCAGUUUCAUCAGCACUUAGCGGAGAAGCUUGAUUUAGAGAUGUCGGCUCUCCUGUUUAUGAUGAGGGAAUACCCUGGUAACGAAGAAGAGAAAAUGAGGGCAGCAGUUGGUCGAUUUGGUCUGACCGGAAAGGCCCAGGUGAUGCCUAUGAAAAACUUGUCCGACGGCCAGAGGAGCAGGGUGAUCUUUGCCUGGCUGGCUUGGAGACAGCCGCACAUGUUGCUGCUUGAUGAACCAACCAACCAUCUUGACAUUGAGACGAUUGAUUCACUGGCGGAGGCUUUGAAUUCGUGGGAUGGAGGAAUGGUUCUUGUGAGUCAUGACUUCAGGUUGAUCAAUCAGGUGGCUGAGGAGAUAUGGGUCUGCGAAAACCAGACGGUGAGCCGGUGGGAGGGGGACAUUAUUGAUUUUAAAAAUCAUCUGAAGAGCAAGGCUGGGUUGGGCGAGUAAUUUGGAAGAGUAAAAGGGCUGGAAUGGCAUUUUCAGGUAAUGGCGUUUUAUCUUAAUCAUACUUGUAUUUUGUGCUACUGUUUACUACAAUCUUCGUCCAUCGGAUUUUGCUUGGUAUCAUGGACUUGUAGGGCCUGGCUGAGCUUUAUCUUCCGAUGGCGUGACUAGAUUUUUGUAUUCUUUAUAUCCUAGUAUUUAUUAUGGAAAACAUGAUUACUGAUAUCAAGUAGAAUCUUUCUCUCAAUUAAUGAGCUUUUGUUUUUGUUGGUAAUUAUGGUUUGUUUGUAUGAAGUGACUGAUUAACUUC